UUUGCCCCCCUCCCUGCUCCAGUGGCGCUCUCACCCUUCACUGUAACACGUCGUAUAGGUCACCCCUACCAGAACCGGACCCCCCCCAAGAAGAAGAAGCCCCGCACGUCCUUCACGCGCCUGCAGAUCUGCGAGCUGGAGAAGCGCUUCCACCGCCAGAAGUACCUGGCCUCGGCCGAGCGCGCCGCGCUGGCCAAGGCGCUCAAGAUGACCGACGCGCAGGUCAAGACCUGGUUCCAGAACAGGAGGACCAAGUGGAGGCGGCAGACGGCGGAGGAGCGGGAAGCAGAGCGGCAGCAAGCCAACCGCAUCCUCAUGCAGCUGCAGCAGGAGGCCUUCCAGAAGACCAUCAACCAGCCCAUCCAGGCCGACCCCAUCUGCGUCCACAACUCGUCCCUCUUCGCCCUCCAGAACCUCCAGCCCUGGUCCGACGACUCCACCAAGAUCACCAGCGUCACCUCCGUGGCCUCGGCCUGCGAAUAAAGCCCCGGGCGGCGGGGGCGUCCGCCCGCAUUCAGAGCCAGCCUGGUCCCGGAGCCCCCUUCCUCCCCGGGGGGAGCUGCCACCCACGCACAAGUCUGGGGGACGGUCCACCCACAAGCAGUGUUUCCUCUUUCUUUCUUUCCCCUUUUGAAAGCCUCUGAUGCCAGCCAAGUCCCGGCAGGGGCUUGCUCAGCUGUGGCCGGAAAGCAUCCAUGCUGCUUUCCCGAAAGCCACGGAGGAAACCCCCCCUCUGAUUCCCAUCCACGGCCAGUGCAGACCCUGGGCUCGGGCUUUCCGGCUGGUUGUUUCGGACACGGCGGCGCUGUCCUGCUUGGGACCUUUCCGGGCCGAGCCCCGGGCACUCGUGCAGCAGAAACGCUCAGGCCGGACUCGGGCAACGGACAAAACAACCCCGCUCGCUCCCGUCACGCGGCAGAGAGUCCUUUGCAUCGCAGUUAGGGAUGCCUCCGCCCCUUGUAAUUAAUAAUUUUUCCAGGGGAGGACUAAGAGGAGAGUCUGACAGCGCUUUGACGAGAGCAGAUGUAACGUUUCAAACAAUCGUACGACGAUUCCUGGCGGUUUCCCUGGAAACCUCAGACUCUACAUUGAUCAACUUAUAUUUUAAUAACUAUGAGACAUCUGUGGCAUUUCGCAGGGAUAAUGCAGUUUCAUUCAGCGGAUUAUUUCGGUAUCAUUUACAGACGUUGUUCAAUAUUUUAUUUACCUUUUCUUUCCCCCUUUGCUUUAGAAGUCGGUUUACGAUGGGGAGGGGGGAAACCUCCUUCAACCGUUUGACUCGGUCAUUUCUACCGUUGUAUGGAGGGCACGAGAUGUGAUGUAAGCGAGGCACUUCUUCUAGCAAAACGCCAGGAAUAUAUAGAUUAUAUAUAUAUUAUACAAUAUAUAUUUUUCAGUUAUGUAUACGCUAAAGCCACACUGCCAAUUCAAGCAGCUGGUGCAAACAAUCAAUCAAAAAACCUAUUUUCAGUGAGAUUUUUAAAGGCGUUCAUUUGUUCCGUAUUGUUUUGUUUUUUAAGUUAUGCACUUAUAAGGUGUUUUUAUGUGUAUUCAUUUUAUAAAGUGCUUGUGUAAUUUAUGUGGGGGAAAAAUUAAAAAAAAAAAAGGAAUAAACAAAAAAAAUCUCCAGGGCACUGGACAAAUCAUCAAACGCCUUGUUCUCGUCUUUCUACCGGUUUCUAUAAAGGGGACGGUAGGUCACAAGUCAGAGGCGACGGCCUUCCACGCGAAGAUAUAAAUGGAUUUAGCGUUCCCCUUCCCUUUCCUUGCAGCCACUUGGCUUCUGCGGCUAUAGGGGCACGUCAUAUAUUUUCAUGUUGAUCCUAUAAACGUUGUCAGGCCCCGAUCCAAUAGAAUACUUUACCCCUUGCUUAAUUUUAAGCACUUCGGUGGGAUUAUUUCUGUGGUUGCAGCUAGCAGCUGCCAAGUGCUUCGUGGGGCAGGAAUGGGAUUGCUCUCAUGCUUAAAGGAAACACAUGCGUACAUACUUUUCCGAAUUGGGCCUGAGUGCUUUGCUGGAUUGAGGCCACUCGAUUGAUUUUUAGGGCGCCAAGUAUUUAUUGAAAGGGGGAAGCGGCCAGAAGAGCUGGA